AUGUGCUAUUGCUUCCAUGACCAAGCUGCUUACUACCAGGGCUUCCAACGAGGCGUAGUACUGUACGAUUGGGCGAUUUUGAGGCCUGUACGGGUGAGAUUUUGUGGCAUCAUUAAUCAUACAGUACGGCUCACGAACUCGUACGGCCCGUUGGAAGCCCUGCUUACUACUGUGGCUUGCUUGCAAGCUGUAGAAGCCGGAAUACUUGAGCUGGAUAAAGACGUUUCGAAUGUCCUACCCGAAGUGGGCAAGUAUGGCAUCAUGACGGCGUUUGAUGAGGAGAAGAACGAAGGAGUGGUCGAGAAGCAUAAAACUCCGAUUACACUUCGCGACAUCCUCUCCCACACCUCUGGCUACGAAUACGACUGGUUCUCCCCACUCCUCGCCAAAUGGCGCCAAAGCCGCAACGAGCAGCCCUGGACCGGCCCCACCGUCGAACACAAAACCACCCUCCCCCUACUCUUCGAACCCGGCACCAGUUUCCGGUACAGCGGGGGCCCAGACUGGGCUGGCAAGAUGAUCGAGCGCGUUACAGGCAAGACACUGGAAGCAUUCAUGCGCCAGAAGGUUUUCUAG